AUGUCCACCCCCGAAGAGAUGUCCACCCCCGAGAAGGCCGCCGACGGCGUACUCCCGACGACGAACAAGCACGAGCUCUCGUGGAAGAAGUACGAGACUUACUACUGCGAGGUGGACCCGAAACAGGGCGACCGCGCAACCGAGAUCAAGCUGCUCUCCUUCAAGCGGCCGCACAUGCGCGGCUUCCACUUCGCGUGGUUCGGCUUCUUCAUGGCCUUCUCGUCGUGGUUCGCGUUCGCGCCGCUGAUGCCGCAGAUCAAGAAGGACCUGGGCCUGACCAAGGACGAGCUGUACAAUGCGAACAUCGCAUCUGUGGCGUCGACCGUGCUCAUGCGCUUCGCUGUGGGCCCUCUGUGCGACAGGUUCGGCACGCGCACCAUGUUCUCCAUGCUGCUGACGUUCGGAGCUAUCCCGGUCUUCUUCGGUGGUCUCGUGAACAACGGUACUGGCCUGGUCAUCAUCCGCUUUGUCAUCGGUGUCCUGGGCGCGACCUUUGUGCCAUGCCAGGCGUGGUGCUCGCAGCUGUUCGCGAAGGAGAUUGUGGGCACGGCCAACGCCAUGGCUGGUGGCUGGGGCAACCUUGGAGGCGGUGCUGUUCAGCUGCUCAUGGUCGGCGUGUGGAACAUGUUCCGCACUGGCUUUGACGACGAGGAGGCCUGGCGCCUUUCUUUCAUCGUCCCCGGAGUUUUGACAUGCGGUACCGGCAUUUGCAUGUACUUCUUUUCGGACGACUCGCCGAAGGGCAACUUCAAGGAACUGGAGCAGAGGGGCACAAUGGAGCGCAAGUCGUCCAAGAAGUCGUUCCAGGAGGGUUUCUGCCAGUACAACGCCUGGAUUCUAUUCAUCCAGUACGCGGCCUGCUUCGGCGUUGAGGUCACCAUGAACAACAUCCUCGCUGUGUACCUGGAGACCAAGUACGAGCUGUCGGUCUCCCUUGCGGGUCUCAUCGCCUCCCUGUUCGGCCUCAUGAACCUCUUCGCUCGCGCUAUGGGCGGCGCUCUAUCUGACAAGCUGUUCCAGUGGUUCGGCGCGGGCACCAGCGGCAUGCGCGGGCGCAUCUAUGCGCAGUCUAUCUCUCUGGUCUGGGAGGGCAUCAUGCUCCUGAUCUUCACCAAGAUGGACUCUCUGGGCGCGACUAUCGGCGUCCUGCUGCUCUUCUCGCUCGGUGUUCAGAUGGCGGAGGGCUGCACUUUCGGAAUCGUACCCUACGUGAAGCCCACCGCAACUGGCGCCGUGUCCGGAGUGGUGGGCGCUGGGGGCAACGUCGGCGCUGUGUGCUGGGGCCUCAUGUUCCGUUUUGGCCCAUCGGAGGCCGACGAUGUCCUGUUCAUCCUUGGGUUUAUCGUGAUCGCAUCGGCCGUCAUGGGUCUCUUCGUGCUCAUCCAGGGCCACGACGGGUGCAUCACCAAAGCCAAGGGCGAGCCGGAGUUUUUCCCUGAGCUUGCUUGCUUGAGUCUUGCGGCACAAGUCCACGUUGGCAGCCUCGCGCGGAGCGUGGGCAGAAGGUACUCCGAGAUCUCCAACGAAACCACGCCUUCCAUCACGAGGCCUGGCAUCGUGACGCCCAUCUCCGCGCCGGCAGCUUCUGGUCGCAGGCCCCAGAUCAUCCCAUGGCCUAAUCUGAGGCUCCAAGCAAGCAAGAUAGCUGCGGUAGAGAUGUCCACCCCCGAAGAGAUGUCCACCCCCGAGAAGGCCGCCGACGGCGUACUCCCGACGACGAACAAGCACGAGCUCUCGUGGAAGAAGUACGAGACUUACUACUGCGAGGUGGACCCGAAACAGGGCGACCGCGCAACCGAGAUCAAGCUGCUCUCCUUCAAGCGGCCGCACAUGCGCGGCUUCCACUUCGCGUGGUUCGGCUUCUUCAUGGCCUUCUCGUCGUGGUUCGCGUUCGCGCCGCUGAUGCCGCAGAUCAAGAAGGACCUGGGCCUGACCAAGGACGAGGUGUACAACGCGAACAUCGCAUCUGUGGCGUCGACCGUGCUCAUGCGCUUCGCUGUGGGCCCUCUGUGCGACAGGUUCGGCACGCGCACCAUGUUCUCCAUGCUGCUGACGUUCGGAGCUAUCCCGGUCUUCUUCGGUGGUCUCGUGAACAACGGUACUGGCCUGGUCAUCAUCCGCUUUGUCAUCGGUGUCCUGGGCGCGACCUUUGUGCCAUGCCAGGCGUGGUGCUCGCAGCUGUUCGCGAAGGAGAUUGUGGGCACGGCCAACGCCAUGGCUGGUGGCUGGGGCAACCUUGGAGGCGGUGCUGUUCAGCUGCUCAUGGUCGGCGUGUGGAACAUGUUCCGCACUGGCUUUGACGACGAGGAGGCCUGGCGCCUUUCUUUCAUCGUCCCCGGAGUUUUGACAUGCGGUACCGGCAUUUGCAUGUACUUCUUUUCGGACGACUCGCCGAAGGGCAACUUCAAGGAACUGGAGCAGAGGGGCACAAUGGAGCGCAAGUCGUCCAAGAAGUCGUUCCAGGAGGGUUUCUGCCAGUACAACGCCUGGAUUCUGUUCAUCCAGUACGCGGCCUGCUUCGGCGUUGAGGUCACCAUGAACAACAUCCUCGCUGUGUACCUGGAGACCAAGUACGAGCUGUCGGUCUCCCUUGCGGGUCUCAUCGCCUCCCUGUUCGGCCUCAUGAACCUCUUCGCUCGCGCUAUGGGCGGCGCUCUAUCGGACAAGCUGUUCCAGUGGUUCGGCGCGGGCACCACCGGCAUGCGCGGGCGCAUCUAUGCGCAGUCUAUCUCUCUGGUCUGGGAGGGCGUCAUGCUCCUGAUCUUCACCAAGAUGGACUCUCUGGGCGCGACUAUCGGCGUCCUGCUGCUCUUCUCGCUCGGUGUUCAGAUGGCGGAGGGCUGCACUUUCGGAAUCGUACCCUACGUGAAGCCCACCGCAACUGGCGCCGUGUCCGGAGUGGUGGGCGCUGGGGGCAACGUCGGCGCUGUGUGCUGGGGCCUCAUGUUCCGUUUUGGCCCAUCGGAGGCCGACGAUGUCCUGUUCAUCCUUGGGUUUAUCGUGAUCGCAUCGGCCGUCAUGGGUCUCUUCGUGCUCAUCCAGGGCCACGACGGGUGCAUCACCAAAGCCAAGGGCGAGCCGGAGUCCCUUGACGUGAUCUGA